AUGGAUCAAGAACGUUCCACGGGCAUAGCCUCAAACUUCAAGUUCCGCCGACCAAGCAGCAAACUGCAUAAAGAACCCCCGCAAUUCAACCGGCCUUUAAAAUCCCAGCAAAGCAACCCGUCGCUCAAGAGACAUCCCUCUGCGCCCGUCUAUCCCCGGAACUACACCGGCAGCCGUGAACACUUGCGCACUCGCUCGAAUGCUUAUGGAUCGUCGUCGUCAUCGUCGUUAGAGCAGCAACAACAGCAGAAUAAUAAUAGUAACAGUGCAGGUCAUUCACCCGUUGAUGAUCUGACCGGCCCGCCGUUCGAUGUCCGGGGAAUGUUCAAUGUCCUUGAAGAAGGUGGUGACUACUCAGCAGAUCAGCAGCAACAACAACAACAACAACAACAAAGCGACUCUUCGGCCACCUCAACCCGCCGCCCACCCACCUUGCAGUCGUAUCACACCAGCCCGGAUCCUCGUGGUAAACAGAUCUUGCGACAAUCGGCUAGUUUUACAGCCUUGAACAAUCCCCGUAUGGACACUGCGUUACCCCAGAUUCAAGAUGUGCCGUCGAAUUCCAAGAGGAAUUCAGACGAGGGGUUCAGCACGAAACCUCGGAGGAAAAACACAUUUUCGAGCUUCGUGAACAGCGUCUUGGGAUCGCCGCGCAAUAUUAAGAUUUCUGCUCCUGAGAAUCCUGUCCAUGUUACUCAUGUUGGAUACGACAAUCAGACGGGCCAGUUUACUGGCCUGCCUAAAGACUGGCAGAGGAUGCUACAAGCGAGCGGAAUUUCGAAAAAAGAACAGGAACAGCAUCCACAAACUAUGGUCGACAUCAUGAGAUUUUACGAGAGAAAUGCCGCGGGUGCAGGAGAAGAAGAAGUCUGGCACAAAUUCGACCAUGCCAUUCCUCGACAAGGCGAAUACCCUGACGGCAUGAGUCCAGCUUCCGCAACCAGUCCGCGCUUCCCCCAAAACCAUGAAGGCAGCUUUGAAAAUCCUCGCGCUGCCCCGCCUCCUCCGAAACCCUCGCAGAGCUCGCCGGUGCCUGUGUUGUCACCUGCUAUAGUACCCAAUCGUGUCGCUCCCAAACCGCCGACCGCAGGUCUUGUUCCUUCUCGACCACCGCCACAGCCUCCUAUGGUGUCCAAUAGAGCCCCAGCUACAAAACCAGCCAAUGAGCCCCUUGCAACACCACCUAUUCCUGAAGAUGAGCCCGUAUUCGUCAAUGCACCUGCUCCGGCCGUUCCUAGCGCUAUCCAGUCCCCAGUUCAAUAUCAACAGCAGCAGGAACGUGCUAUGGCCGCGGCGCAACAAGCGAUAACUGAUAAGCAACUUGAUCGAAGUCGCAGCCAACGUCAGCAACAGCAAGCUCCACUUCCACCAGUCGAACAGCAAAUUACUCCUGUGGCGACCCCGCCAACACCGCAACAUCAAUUCUCCCAUGUGCAAGCACCAAUUCCUCAACCGGCCGUGCAACAGCAACAACAACCUGCUGCCGCGGUUGCCCGACCUCGGCCUCGCGCUCGUCAGAGCACAGCUUUUGACGUCCGCGCCAAGUUGCAGGCUAUUUGCACGCCCGGAGAUCCCACCAAAAAGUACUACAAUCUCAACAAGAUCGGACAAGGUGCCUCCGGAGGUGUUUUUACUGCAUACGAGACUAAUACCAACAAGUGCGUUGCUAUUAAGCAAAUGAACUUGGAUUUGCAGCCUAAGAAGGACCUUAUCAUCAACGAGAUUCUGGUCAUGAAGGAUAGCAAGCAUAAGAACAUUGUAAACUUCUUGGACAGCUAUCUUCACGGACUUGAUUUGUGGGUUGUGAUGGAGUAUAUGGAGGGAGGUAGCUUGACAGAUGUUGUUACAUUCAACAUUAUGUCUGAGGGUCAAAUUGCGGCUGUUUGCCGUGAGACAUUGAGUGGCCUGCAACAUCUCCAUUCAAAAGGCGUCAUUCACCGAGACAUCAAAUCUGAUAAUAUCCUUCUUUCCAUGGACGGAGAGAUCAAAUUAACUGAUUUUGGUUUCUGUGCGCAAAUCAACGACUCUCAAAACAAGCGCAACACCAUGGUAGGAACACCCUACUGGAUGGCGCCCGAAGUCGUGACACGAAAAGAAUACGGGCGCAAAGUCGACAUAUGGAGUUUGGGAAUCAUGGCGAUUGAGAUGAUUGAGGGCGAACCUCCAUAUCUUACCGAGUCGCCACUUCGAGCUUUAUAUCUGAUUGCUACCAAUGGUACACCAAAAAUAAAGGACGAACAAAACUUGUCACCGGUUUUCCGAGAUUUCCUCCACUUGGCGCUACGUGUUGAUCCCGAGAAGAGAGCUUCUGCUCACGACCUACUCAAGCAUCCGUUCAUGUCCGUUUGUGAGCCUCUGAACAGCCUCGCUCCUCUGGUCAAAUCUGCGCGUAUCAGUCGAGCCCAAGAAAAGGCUCAAAAAGGCGGUACUUAA